ACCAUUUCCAAAACUCUCAAGAUAGCCUGUGAAGUUUUAUCAUCCGGCCAUGAUAGUGGACCUGCCCGGAUCCCGUUCAGCACCUUCCAGUUUCUCUACACAUAUAUUGCUGAGGUGGACGGGGAGAUCUCUGCAUCACAUGUCAGCCGAAUGCUGGCCUACAUUGAACAGGAAGUAAUUGGUCCUGAUGGCUUAAUCAAAGCGUUAUCUUUGGGAAAGCAGUCUGCACCUGCUAAACUGACGAAUGGAAAGAAGUCGACUCGUUUAAGAAAGAUAUCACAUUUUAAUGCAGAUUCUGGCUAUCCCAUCCAUUCUGAUUCAGAAAGUCAGACUGAAGCUGUACAGGGGCUUGAUGGUUGUGCUUCUUUGCUGCAGAACAUUUUGAGAAAUGAAAAUUCAGGCUCAGAAACAGCAUGUUCCGAAAAUAGAUACAACCCUAGACCUUCGGAGGGCAAAAGGUAUGGAUCUAAACAGAAAGGAUGUGAAAAACAUACUCUUCCAGUUGUUGUGUCAAAGAGUAUUUUAUCUUCAGAUUAUAGAAAACAGAUACCUAAUAAAACUUCUGCUGGAAGUGAAAGAGACUCCUCAGAUAUGCCACAAAAUUGGUCAUUCCAAGAUCAUUAUAGAAUGUACUCACCCGUAAUAUACCAAGCCCUCUGUGAGCAUGUGCAGACUCAGAUGUCAUUGAUGAAUAACUCGGCUUCAAAGAACAACCCUAAUGGAAUUCCUGCUGUACCUUGCCACACUGGGUCUGGCUCUGACUGUCAGGCAACUCCACAUUCUAGUCACGGCUCAUCCACUUCCACCCCAAUCCAGUUACCUCAGCAGCCUCCCUGCCCUCCAGUGGUUCAUUCCGAAGUUCAGACUGAUGAUGACAACCUGUCUGCAUCACAACAUAAUACAGUUUCUGUGAACUGUAGUGAUAUUCUAAGGAAUACCUUUAGUACUAGUCUUGGAGUUCAGUGUAGCCUGCCCAAAUCUGACAAAGCAGCUAUUCCAGCAUUUCAGCAGCUGGACCUUGCCAAUGGAAUUCUGUCACAACAAGAAGUUUCUAAGGAACCAGACCUAUUACAGUGUUUCCAAACAUAUAUGAAUCUGUUGCAUUCAUAUCCGGACAGUCAGACACACCGAAGUCCCGCUCUAUCACAGUCAGCUGUCUUGGCCACUAAUGAAGAAAAAUGUGUCAAAGAACAAACUGGAGAGGUUACAAGUGAAGGAAAGGAUUUAAACAUACAUGUGCGAGAUUCAAGAAUAAAGGGUGUCCAGGAAGCAAAAAAUGGGAACCAGAGUGCUGAAAAAGUUAGAAUUAUUAAGUAUUUGUUGGGAGAGCUAAAAGCCCUGGUAGCAGAACAAGAGGAUUCAGAAAUUCAGAGACUGAUUACAGAAUUGGAGGCAUGUGUAUCUCUGUUUCCAGCAGCAAGUGGCAACACAAACAUUCAAGUUGAAAUAGCACUGGCCACGCAACCACUAAGGAGUGAAAAUGCUCGGUUAUGUAGGUAA